AAAUUAAUUUCAUUCGCGAAACUCGGAUAUCAUACGAUUACGACUCACGUUAAUUGACAACGGUGUAGAAUUUCUGUCUGUUAUAAAACAUAUCUCAAUUGAAAUCAUUUAACUUCGGAGUCUAAAUUAUUGACUAAGCAAUGGGAGACAACCGAGAAAGUGGUUUUAUCAACAGCGAACCUUGCAUAGCGGAAUUUAUGACAAACGUUCCUCACAUUAAUCAAACCAUGGUGAGCUCAUCAAUUAAUCUGCAGCACGACGGCUCGGGAUUCUGUCAGGCGUUUCCGGGUGCGCUGCCGGCGUCACCGACGCGCGGUGACCUCGCCCUAGCGGGAACGCCCGACCCAGCGGAUCCGCAGGGCGGCGGUACCGGAUAUGACUGGAUGAAGGAGAAGAAGAGUGGCCGGAACUGCGACGCGCCUCAGACGGUUCCAGAUAUAGAUUACGACGUUACUACGCCGUCGAAUAAUACUCCCUCCGGCGGGGGUAAUGGCAAAACCGGAAGCGGCGGUGGAAGUGGUGGCGGCUCCCGGCGCCUGCGCACCGCGUACACGAAUACGCAGCUUUUGGAGCUGGAGAAGGAGUUCCACUUUAAUAAAUAUCUGUGCCGACCCCGACGGAUCGAGAUUGCAGCGUCCCUGGAGCUCACUGAGCGGCAAGUGAAGGUCUGGUUUCAAAACCGACGGAUGAAAUACAAGCGUCAGACACAGUUGCAGAGACAAAGCACGGAAGCCCGGCUGGGGUCCGGGAGUUCGUUUCCCGGAAGUCCGAAUUCCUUCGAGGACGAUCCUAUGGACAUGCCGAACGCAUCCCCGAACGAUACGGAAAAUGCCGAAAUAUGUCCGGACAAUGCUUCGGACGAUUCCGACGUGCGAUGUGAACCGUUGACGGAUAUUGGAUUAGUUGGUGAACCUAAAAACGUAAAACGGGAAAAUGCUAAUGUAAAUUCUGAUGUGCAAACAACUAAAGAAAACUCGGAAAUACCUUCUCAAGAUGGAAAGUUAAAUGAUUUAGACGCGUUUUCUCCUAAAUCGAACAGUUCCGCAAUUAAGGGGUCUAAACAAGGUUCUCCUAUUCUGCGGUCACCAUUGGGUGGUACCCCAGAUUCGUACGGACACGUUUCCCCGUGCGAUCGAACCAUUAGUUCCAACACCAAACCUUCAUAUACUGAAAUGACUGGACACUCGCCUGUGAAUAACGCGUUUCUUAAUGCUAACGUUGAAUAUUCUGUCUCAAACGGUUUUGGCAACCAGUUGAACACAAAUCCCAAUGUGCAAAACAGAAUUACGGAAAUGGCAGGAAACAAUAUCAGUCACGGAUCUAUGUCAGUGCAAACCAACUUGGCAUCGAAAACGCGUGUUUCCCCGCACAGUGCGGUGAGCAACGCUAGUGACAAUUUCUACUCUUGCAGACCGGGGACCGUAGAUUUCCCAGGCGGCGGGCCGGCGCAGUACUUAUCACGCGGUGGCAUCAACGCAGGCUUUCCUCUUACCGACAAUUACGCUCCGGCAUUCCCUGGUGACCAAAGGAUGGCGAGAACUUCAAAGAACAAUUUACAAACCCACUACGGUCUCCAGCACUUUGGGGGCCCCAAAUCUAAUCAGCCAGGGUACAUGGAGAAGCUAAGUUCAUUAGACGCGCCACAGAAACAUUUUUCAUACGGAAUGGACCUGGCUAUUAGAAACGAUGGCGAUUAUAAAAAUGGUACGAUUAACACCCAGUAUCAUUACAACUCUAAUUUUGACAUGAAUUCGAACACUUAUUCCCCACCCCGAAGCUAUUCUGGGUACAAUAAUGGAGUUCACGGUGAUAAUAUAAAUUUACACGGACCUGUUCAGAAUGAGACGUUUGAUGGCGAAAACCUAUCAUUAAAGCCAGGUUCUUUCACGUCGAGUCCGAUAAAUGCCUAUCAGAACGGCUUCUACUACAGUGGUAAUUAUGGGUCUGGCUAUACCCAAGGUGUCAGCCGAACAAUGCCCAAUUCGCUGUUAUCACAACAAAGUUAUUUAAGUACGUCACCGCCGUCACAUGGUACCAAUAUGGCGGACAAUAACGGGAGUUUUGAACAACAGUGUGAUGGUCUCGACUCUGCCAUUAAUUCGACCUCCAGUGACUUUGGAAGCGUUUUCAGCGAGUAUUUUGGAUAUUCUGCUCACCAUGGUUUCCAGACGUGAAACUGUCAAGUUGAAUUUUAUUGACAAUUGUUAUUUUAAAAAUAAAUCAGGGUUUUAUAUUUAUUGGACAGUUAUAUUGACGUUUACUAACUUAACGCCGAGCAUUUGUUAUAAUACAAUAAGUAUUUGUUUAUUGAGAGACUUGUUUGAAAUAUGUUUUGCCAUAAAUAUUUAACCGGGUAUUGACGAUCUUGCAUUAUUUAUAGCUGUAAAAUAUAUUUUGCUAAAUUAAGAUUAUGAACUUAUACUUUAAAUGAAAUAAUAGUGAAAAUCAACAAUAUUUUUAUCUGUUUUGAUUUUUUCUGCUUAUUAAUAAAUUAUUUAAAGAAAGAUGUUAUAAAACCACU